CACAGCAAGCAGAACACACACGCGGUCAGCAACACACAGGAGUGUGUGUGUGUGUGUGUGACUCUUAUCUACUGGGACUGAAUGGGACUGGACUGAGAGGCCAGUCAGAGAAGGCCAAGGCUGUCAUCAUUGCUUUAUUGCACAUAAAUACACUAUAGUUCUUAGUAAGGAAAUGUGUCAUUUCCUAACUGUGUAGUCGCCCUUCGUUCUAAAUAAUUGCAAAAUGUACCGUGCUUCUACUGUGUUUGUCUGUAUUCAUGUUGUAUACAAGUAAAAUAUGACUACUUCUCUUCAGCUGUGCUGUACACUGUGGUAUUGAGAGUACUGCAGGGUCAUAAUCAAGUUAUUGUAUAUUUAAAACACUAUAUUUGUUGACAGGAAAUGUUUAAUUUCCUUUUUGAAACGCUGUGGUUUGUUUUGUAUAACACAUAAAAAGCACAACACCCUAAGAAGCUCUGUCUCUACAAGGAAAUCGACAAGAGUGGUUGGUCACUAAAUCACCCUCCUCCUUCUGUAUGUCAUUUCUGCCUCAGACUCUCUCACUGAACAAGGUAAGUGCCUGUCUCUGUUUAAAACUAAUUACUGUGGGGUGACAUUAUAUAACAUACAUGAGAUGGCUAAUUCUAGUUAUUUGUUUUAUGUGGACAGAAAAGACAAUGACAACCGAGAUGCCAUUUGUGAAUGAAUCAACAACAUGGUACUAUGAUUCGGAAGACCCCCCUGUUUCUCCACCAAUACAGAGAUGUUGGUUGCGUGACACUUGUGCUGGUCUAUGUGCUUAUCUUCGUGCUGGGGGUCUUUGGUAAUACAACAGUUAUCUGGAUCGCUGGUUUCAAAAUGAAGAAGACGGUAAACACCAUCUGUUACCUCAGCCUAGCCAUCUCUGACCUCUUGUUCUGUUCCUGUCUACCCUUCAUCAUCGUCACCAUUGUACACAAGAGAUGGAUCUUUGGCCUUUACAUGUGCAAGUUCGUCUCUUUUGCUGGGUUCAUGAAUAUGAACAGCAGCAUCUUCCUCCUGGUCAUUAUCAGCGUUGACCGCUGUGUGAUGGUCGCGUUCCCAGUGUGGGGUCAGAACAACCGCACCCUCAAACGGGUGAUGAUAGCGGUGUUCCUAGCCUGGGUCACGUCUACCAUCAUCAGUGUGACCCGUCUCAUUGUUCGAGAUGUAACCCUUUCACCGAGAGAACAAGUCUUAAAAUGUGGUGUAAGGUUCUCCAACAGCCACACAGCCAUCGUUGUGAGUCGUUUUGUUGUUGGGUUUGUGUUACCUAUAGUCAUUAUCAGCCUGUGCUAUUCAGUCAUCAUCAUCAAAGUACAGACCAAUCGCAUGACCAGGUGCUCAAAGCCCUUCAAGGUUAUGACGGCCCUCAUCGCCACUUUCUUUAUAAGCUGCCUGCCCUACCAUGUUUUCACUCUGACUGGAAUCAAGUUCAAAGGAGAGAUCGUUCAGCAAGGGUUGAAGGCUUCUGUGGCUCUGGUCAGUCUCAACAGUUGCCUGAACCCAUUUCUCUACGCUUUCAUGGGAAGAGACUUUAAGAACAAGUGCUCAAGCUUCCUGUCCAGGAUUGAAAAUGCUUUCGAAGACGAGGAGAAAUCCUGAAUCUCUCAAAGAACCUCUUUAUCGCAGGUGUAUUCCAGACACUCUACAAAUGUCUGAUUCACAUCCACGAAAAAAAGCAUUUGCAAUGAUUUCCGGUGAAGUUUUGUGAAGCUCUUCUCAAAUACCUUAAAAGCAUUGCACUGCUAGAAUGAUUGAUGACAGCGACAAUUAAUAAAAUUAUUGUACAAGCUGUGAAAUAUUUUUACUAUUAAUUGUUUUUCUACAGGUACACUCUU